AUGGUACUGAACCCAGAAGAUAUCUUCCCUGAAGAAAUAUCAGGACCGCCUCAAACUGUCAAGUUCCCUAAUUACGUCGGUGAAUUUAGGGAAACAACAGUCUCUUCUGAUGCUCCGCCUUCAGAGGUCAGAUGCAAGACCCAACUGUGGCCACCAACUCGUUGCGCGCAACUAUCAGAUCCAGCCUCUUCUGAUAAUUCAACCUCAGACAACACAGCUCCAAGCACCUCAACUGCUUCCACGAGUGGCAUAGCCAAUGCCAAACAUAAAACCCAUAACAAAACCCCACAGCGGCCAAGCCCCGGAACCAUUUCACAAGAAGAUCUUUCUCUGAUCACUGGCGUGCUAUCUCCAUCUCCAUCGCCCUCAUCCAGUCCUCCUCCCAAGAAAAGUGGAACCUCAUCUGCUGAUUCUCCAACGAUCAACGGCCGCAAAGCUGCCAAACGAGCAUCCCAUAAUAUCAUUGAGAAGCGGUACCGCACCAACAUGAAUGCCAAGUUUACUACCCUAGAAAAGGUCAUAACUAGUUGUCGGAACAAACAAAAGGUCUCCGAUAACAGGCCGUGCUCGAUGAAAAAGUGUGAAAUCCUCACCAACGCUAUAAAGUGUAUUCAAAACCUCGAGGAUCGGAAUGCUGCUCUGAGUGAGGAUGUGGCAUUCCUAAGAAAGCAGCAUCAUCUGCUUGGUGCGAUCUGA